AUGAAUUUACAUGAAUAUCAAGCCAAAGCACUUUUUCGUGAAUAUGGUAUGCCUACUCCGGUGGGUAAAAUCGCGCAGACGGCGGAUGAAGUUGUAGAAGCGGCAGCCAGUUUAAGUACCGCUAAGGUGGUCGUGAAAGCGCAGGUUCACGCGGGUGGACGCGGUAAAGCAGGCGGCGUCAAGCUGGUUGAUACACCUGAGGAAGCCAAAGCUGUUGCAGAGCGCUUAUUAGGCACUAACUUAGUGACCUUCCAAACCGAUGCUAAUGGUCAGCCGAUUAACACGAUUUUAGUCGAAGAGACGUGCAAUAUUGCACGUGAGUUGUAUUUGGGUGCAGUGGUGGAUCGUGCCUCGCAGCGUGUGACCUUUAUGGCAUCGACCGAAGGCGGCAUGAACAUUGAAGAGGUGGCUGAAAAGACUCCUGAAAAAAUCCUUAAGACGCAGAUUAAUCCGAUUACGGGCGUGAUGCCAUUUCAAGGACGUCAGUUGGCCUUUGGUUUAGGGCUUGAAG